AUGAGUGACGCCAGAUUGUCUCUGAGUGACGCUACGUGUUUGUUUUUGUUCUGAGUUGCUUCAGUAACUGCGCCAAAGAGAAUACAAAUACUAAGUAAGAAACUGCGCGUCCAAAGAGAAUUGCGCGUCUUUGAUGCGCGGAAAGUUUAUAAGUUUCGGGUGGGGAAAGGAUAAAUACAAGAGAAAUGUCUGACGAUGAUAUAGAGUGGAUGGACGACGAAACACAACCGCUGCAGGAUAUCAUCAAGACACUAUAUGGAGACGACGAAUCGAGUGACGAGGGACAAGAAUGGCUUCCUGAUUGUGAGAUCGACAGUGACGAGUAUGACGAGUCGGAGGAGGCGAUUGUGCCUCCUUAUAGUCCCUUGUCAUCCCCAGAGUGCUCGGAGGAUGAGCCAGACUCUCCCAUCUACCUCCAACUUGAACGUUCACGUUCCCGUUCGCCAUUAGGGCAACAUCCAAAUCCACGUCAAGAAUUUUCGGACGACGUCAUCAUCUUCAAGGUGACGGAACACGACGGGACGCCGCUCGACGAAUAUAAAGUGGAUUUCCUUGAUCCUAACGUGCACGUGUCUUUGGCCCAGACCACGGCCAUGUCGGGAAGAGCGCCUGACCUAGGGCGUGUGCGUGCUCGCGAUCGUGGACUACGACGCGGGCGUGGGCGAGGACAGGGAGUGGGACGUUGUCAUCAGGUGUGUGACCAAGGUGCACAGUGGAGCGUCGGUCACCCACUGCAAGAAAUUUGGUUAUCCGAUCACGACGUCCCGUCCGAAUUACGGCAAAUGGCACGGGACGUUUUAAGACGGCGAUUAAAUGAGAGAAGAAACGAAGAAGAGCCUGAGGAAGUCGCUGGUGGAACGGAUAUUCCACUACAGGGCGAAGACCUUAAUUUCGAGUGGUCUCCAAUGGAGACGUUUCGAGGUGAAGAGGAGAUAUUUCGGCCUGCACGUACCGGGGCUGUCGAGUCCUAUACGUCUGCAUAUGACGCGUUUCGUUCUUACUGGGACGAUUCCAUCUUGCGGAUUAUAGCCGACGAGACAAACCGAUAUGCCACCGAAAUAGACUCUAUUCGUUUUCAGGACCGCUGGUACCCAACUAACGCCGACGAAAUGCUAUGCCUCUUCGCAUUCUGGCAAGCGCUGGGCAUUAUACGGAUGCCAACGAUAGUGAGCUGCUUCACUAAAAAUCCGCUGUUGAAGACGACGGUUUUCCGGCAUAUUUUUAGCAGAGAUAGAUAUGAUUUACUUUCAUUGGCAUUGCGUUUCGUUGACGAGAAGGCUGACGUCGAAACAGUGGAUCCUACCAUAAGCGACCUCGGGGCAAGUUCUGAUCGAAUAUAUCAUUUGAGGCCUAUAGUAGAUCAUUUAAACGCCAAAUUUCAGGCAAAUUAUAUUCCAAGUCAAAACAUUUGCAUAGACGAAAGUCUAACCCUCUGGAAGGGAAAGCUGGAUAUUAAACAAUAUAUUCGGUUAAAGGCUUCAAAGUUUGGGAUCAAAACGUUUGAAUUAUGUGAAAGUGCUACAGGUUACCUAUUUUCUUUCAUUGUUUAUACGGGUAAGCAGACUAGUGUAGAAAUUAAUCAAGCUCCAAAUGAAUUGUCGAGUUUUGCGAUAGUUAAAAGGCUUAUGGGUCCCUUACUUAAUAAGGGAUAUAAAUUAUUUAUGGACAACUGGUACAAUUCGCCGUUAUUGGCACGAUUUUUGAAACGUAAUGGUACUGACUGUGUUGGUACAUUACGGCCGACUCGAAAAGACGUACCCUACUUGAUAGCAAAUGCUCCGCUAAUGAGGGGACAGCUUGUAGCACGGCAUGCUGGGGACGUAUGUGUGUUGGCAUGGGAGGACAAGAAAAGAGUAACCAUGAUCUCGACUUGCCACGGUAGUGCCACUGGUUUGCCCCGCAUACACACGAACUCAAAGAGGCCCAUCGCAUUCAAGCCUCAAGUAGUUCUAGACUACAACAGGUCAAUGGGUGGAGUGGACCUCAAAGACCAAAUGCUGGAGCCGUAUCUGAUUGAGCGAAAACGGGGUAAACUUUGGUUCAUCAAGAUGUUCAAGCGGUUGCUAAACAUCUCCAUACUCAAUGCGCGCAUCCUAUUGGAAUCUUCUCAAAAUUCCCGCGUUGACCAUUUGGGUUUCCGGCUCGAAUUAUUGGACGCCAUUCUCUCCCGCCAUUUAGCUCAAGUUCCCGUUCUUCGUUUGCAUUCUGCACCGAAGCCUCGGGUGGUGGUUACACAUAGACACUGGCCGGUUUGUAUCCCAAAUCCGGCAGAGAAUGAGCGGCGAAAUAAUCGCCAAGCCAGGGCAAGGUGCUUUUUGUGCUCUUCGCAGGGCAUAAGGAACCGAACGACCCCAUUCAUGUGUGAGGGUUGCCAGGUGCCGCUUUGUGCGGUAAAUUGUUUCAAGGCGUACCAUACUUAAUAGUCUUAUCUUUUUGUACUUUUGGUUUUUUUGUUCCUUUGCCUUUUUUUCUGCGCUGCAGAGAAAAUGCAGGAUUGAAUCGUGUUUCAUAUAUAGUCGGUAUCACAGGUUCUAUGUAUGAAAGAAAAGUGUGUAUGUCUGUGCAGUGUGUAUGGUGUGCAGUGCACGCUCGCGCGCAUGUGUAUAUAAAAAAUAGUGAUCGGCAUCUGUUUUACACGCUUAUAUUAAUAAUAUUUUUUAUUUUAUAAAAAAUAAUAGGAUGUCCUAGAUCUAAACGGAGAUGAAUCCUAAAAUCCAGCGGCGUGGCGUGGUAGUAGUUCCUAUCAACCCUAGAUGCACUAGACGAGGGCGACAAAAAAUACUACACUUCGCCAUUGUUAAAAUCUCCAAAAUAGUUAAAAAAUCUAAAUUAAGCCACAGCCUUGCCCCACAUACAGAUAAACCGGUCUAUGGGUGGGGUGGAUUUUGGAAGACCAGAUGCUAGAGCCGUACGAGCGCAGACACUGUGUACAUGUCUACGCCCCGUGCCAUAUGCGCUUUUACUUGUCCUUUUUUGUCUUCUUAUUUUUAUUAUCCACUUUUUGUGUCCUUUUAUUUAUUUUAAAUGUAAAAGCGCCUCGAUUAUGUACUUCUAUAAAAAGAUUAUAUGUAUGUUUGCGAUGUAAAUUUGUAUCUGUUGUCUGAGCUGCCAAGCUAAAUGAACAUACCUCAAUGUACUAUCUAGUCAACAUAGUAUUUUGUAUUUCCAUCUCUAUGUAUAGUAUGAUGUUUGUGUUACUAUUGCGUGCACCUAUUGUAAAUUAUUAUAUAUAAAGUUGUAAUAAAACAAAAGAACAAUACAAA